CCCCCUCACCCCCCACACACAGAUUCCGGGAUCCCUCUACCCCCACCCCCAGACUCCAGGAUCCCCCCUCCCCCGCACAAAUUCUAGGAUCUUCCGCCAAUUCCAGGAUUCCCCCCCCAAAAUUCCAGGAUCCCUUCCCCAAAACUCCAGGAUUCCCUCCCCCCGCCACAGCCUCCCGGAUCCCUGUGAGAUUCCAGGCCGGGAUUAGUCUCUCUCGCUGGGACCGGGAGAUGGUGAAUCUGGGUCUCCGCCGGCUGGAGGACUCGGUGGCCGCGAAGCACCCGGCUCUUCAGGAAUAUGCUGCUUGCCAGUCGCACGCAUUCAUGAAGGGCAUUGGCACGUUUAUAUUAGGUACUAGUGGGGUGUUUGUCACGCAGAGACUGCUGAGUAAGAAGCUCCCUUUCCCAAUGCAAUGGAACGUUUUGCUGUCUGUAGUGGCAGGGUCACUGAUGAGUUACGUAGUGACACGCUUAGAGACUCAGAAGUGCUCAAAUCUGUGGGUUUACCUUGAGACUGGAACAAUGCCACAUCACCCUGAUGAAGGUGAGAAGGAAAAGCGUGAGAAUGAAACUGCGCCAAGUGUGAGAAAGCUUUCUGUUACAAAGGAUCAAAAUAAUGGCUCUGUGGAAAGCACUGACAUUGGAAGAAAAAAAACUCGAUAUGGAGAUAUAAUGGAUUAAUUGCUGAGUUGUCACCUCAUUCAAGUAAUGUGCAGGAAGAGGAAAUGUUCCUUGCUUUACUCCAGCUUAAACAGUAAACCAUUUUCAUUUCACUUUCGUUCCACUCCCUGCUUUUGUUUAUCUCUUCCUGAAGGUGUUAUUUUAGUACCUCAUCGAGUCAUGGGUGAAAAUACACAAAGGCAUUAAGUGAAUGCACCCUCGGAACCCUGAAAAAAACAGUUCAAUUACUGGAGCUACAGAUCAGAGAAAUGUACGUGAAAGUGAUCAAAUCUCCGAAGGACAGCUCCUCCAAUCUUGCCUUUUCUUGUGCUUGCUGCUACUGAGCUCAUGAGUCGUCUGUUCAGUCACAUGAAGACCCACAUCAGAAGCCCGUCUCCCUGAGGGACAGAUAACCACAAUGCUGUCCUCACGUGGCUAUCUGCACAGCCACUCACUAACCUUAUGAAGUGCACUUUGUAUAGUGCAAGCCUUGUCCUGGUUUCUAUUUUAUAAUACCAAAUUUUGGGGCUCAACCUCUUGCCAAAUUACUUUAAACUUUCCACUCCAGUACUAGUUAUCUUCUCAGUGAGGAUGUUGGUCAGAGGAUAAGGUACUUUGAAGAUAAGAAAUAGGAAGAAAACAAGGGAAUCCACCAAGACUCUUCCCGAAGCAAGUGGCUGUAAAAAUCUUCUGUUCAGAUCUGCAAUUGGGCAGAAAUGAUGGUUAUAAGUUAGUGACGUGAGUCCUAUGUAAAAAACACUGAAGUGAUUUCUUUUAAAUUCUCAACCCUGCUGUCAAAUGAUCCAAGGCGUUCAAUACCCUCAGAGUCCUUGGUUUUCCCCUAAUUAUGUUCCCUCAGCAGCCUUUAUCUUAAUCCAUUCACCAAUGGGAAUAUUGUUUACAGCUGCCAAUAGCCAAAGCACCAGAAUUCCCCGACAUAGCCUCUUAGUCUCUGUAUCUCCCUCUCUGUGUCAUUACAUCCCUUUCUUUUAAGCCGUUGGUCAUUUGAUGUGUCAGAAUUUAGUUGUUAAUGCUUCUGUGGAACUGCAGACCAAUGUUACAUAAGGGCAAUUCAAUGCUGCACGAAAUGACAUGACUGUUCUAUUGGAUGGCAGGUGUCCUGAGUAGGGUACUGAAUUGUUAAACACAAUAAAUGUAUAUAAAGAGACAA